AUGGCAGAGGAAAGCUUGGAGACAGAUGGCCCCCGAUCAUCCAUGCCGGCUGAGCUCCGUCAUCCUCAUUCCAAGUACUCUCAGUGGAAGUUUAAACUGUUCAGAGUGAAGUCCAUUGAGAGGGCCCCCGCGCCCAGUGAGAUGCAGCCGGAGAAUGAAGCCACGGCAGGCAUUUGUAACCAGAGUAUGGCGUUAGAUAACGGCGUGAGUCCAGGUUGUGUCAAGGAAAAUGUUAAAGGGCCUUGCCAAAAAAUGGAUUUGAGGCUAGAAGAAAUGGAAAACCACAUGAACCAUCUCAGGUGUCUGUGCCGCCUUUGUGGAACCACUUUAAGAAAAGUCAAAGGUCCAGUCUAUGGUGUCCAUGCAGCUUUGGAUGACGAAAGCAGGAAUUCCCUUCGCAAAAUGGGCUGCUUGUCAACAAAAUGGCCAGAUGUCAUUCUUAAAGUCUUCAAAGUGAAUGUGACACAUGAUACAGAAUCCGUCCAUCCUCUUUCCUUCUGCCAUCGCUGCUGGACAAUAGCCAUGCAAGGAGGGGGUGUUUGCAAUUUAUCCAGGACAAAUGUCCCAGAAUGGAAACCUCAUUAUGCCCUCUGCCACAUUUGUUCACCCAAGAAACAUUUGUACCAGCGGACCGGAAGAAAAAGAAUCAAAGUCACUCCCAGAGCCCACUGCUUAGUGAAAAGAAUACGGUUGGACCAAAGCCACAGCACUGUCAGCGGUGAGAGUCGGAUUCUGAGACCGUUUGGAGGCCAUCUUCAUGGUCCUGUGCUUAAGGGAUGGAGAAGUCCCAGUGUCCAAAGAGAGCACUGGGUGAGGACCAUCACACAUUGUCAGAAAGAGCACCUGAGUAGCAAGCUUAUGUCUGAGAAUCUCCCUGUUGACUUCUUCUGUUCUUUUACUUGCAUGGUGUGUGACCAUCUGCUCUCUGACCCAGUUCAAGCCCCCUGCGGGCACCUGUUCUGCCGCAGCUGUAUUAUAAAAUACAACCACAUUAUAGGACCUCACUGCCCGGCCUGCAACGUGCCCUGUGCCAACAAUGACCUCAUUCUCCCUGCCAAAACUUUUUUGUCGGUCCUAUAUUCUCUUUUUUUGCUCUGCCCGAGAGAUGGCUGUGGCCGACAAGUAAGACUAGACUCAUUUAAAGCUCACUGUACGGACCAUGAUCUGCAAACACAGGAUGCAACGAGACAGCAAUCAUCAGAUCUUGACAACUACCUGAUUACUAAUAAAGGAGGACGACCCCGGCAGCACUUGCUAUCGCUAACACGGCGUGCCCAGAAGCAUCGACUGAGGGAACUGAAGAAUCAGGUGAAGGCGUUUGCAGAUAAAGGGGAAGGUGGCGACCUGAAGUCUGUGUGUCUGACGCUGUAUCUGCUGGCACUGAGAUCUGGGAAUGAACAUCAGAAAGCAGAUGAGUUAGAGGUCAUGAUGCAAGGCAGGGGCUUUGCGUUGCAUCCGGCUGUGUGUUUGGCCAUUAGGGUCAACACAUUCCUGAGCUGCAGCCAAUAUCACAAAAUGUACCGGACUGUUAAAGCCACGAGUGGCCGCCAGAUCUUCCAGCCCUUGCACACUCUCCGAGCUGCAGAGAAAGACUUACUCCCUGGUUUUGACCAGUUUGAAUGGCAGCCAGCUCUCCAGAAUGUGUCUACAGCUUGCAACGUUGGCAUUAUUGAUGGGCUCUCUGGAUGGACUUGCUCAUUGGAUGACUCACCAGCUGACACCAUCGCUCGAAGAUUCCGCUAUGAUGUGGCUCUGGUGUCAGCAAUAAAGGAUCUGGAGGAGGACAUUGUUGAGGGGCUGAGAGACAUAGGGAUGGAAGACAGUGCCUGUACCCUUGGUUUCAGUGUUAUGAUCAAAGAAUCUUGUGAUGGCAUGGGAGAUAUCAGUGAAAAACAUGGAGGGGGACCGGCUGUUCCAGAGAAAGCUGUGCGUUUCUCUUUCACCGUUAUGUCUAUUUCGGUUUUUCGAGGUGAAAGCAACGAGGAGGUUACCAUCUUCACUGAGCCAAAGCCAAAUUCCGAACUGUCCUGUAAGCCCCUGUGUCUGAUGUUUGUGGAUGAAUCAGACCACGAGACACUCACAGCUCUCCUAGGACCAAUAGUUGCAGAGCGUAACGCAAUGAAGAAGAGUAGGCUCAUCCUAUCCAUAGCUGGCCUGCCUCGAUCUUUCUGCUUCCACUUCAGGGGCACGGGAUACGAUGAGAAGAUUGUACGCGAAUUUGAGGGCCUGGAAGCCUCAGGCUCUACCUAUAUAUGCACGCUGUGUGACUCCAGUCGAGCGCAGGCCUCUAAAAAUAUAGUACUCCACUCAAUUACACGAAGUCAUGAUGAGAACCUGCAUCGUUAUGAAAUAUGGCGAACCAACCCUUUUUCUGAGUCUGUAGAGGAAUUGCGAGACAGAGUCAAAGGGGUCUCUGCCAAGCCCUUCAUCGAGACCCAAUCCACAUUGGAUGCGUUACAUUGUGACAUUGGCAAUGCCACUGAGUUCUACAAAAUUUUCCAGGAUGAAAUAGGAGAGCUGUACCGAAAAGAAAAGCCCAGCAAGGAAGAACGGCGCAGCUGGCGGGCAGCUGUAGAUAAAGAACUGAGGCAGAAGCUAAAGCUCAAACCAGUGAUGAGGAUGAAUGGCAACUAUGCCCGCAAGCUAAUGACCAUGGAGGCUGUGGAAGUGGUGUGUCAGCUGGUUCCCUCAGAGGACAGGAGGGAAGCCCUGAGGGAGCUGAUGAGGCUUUACCUUCAAAUGAAGCCUGUGUGGCGCUCCACCUGCCCAGCCAAAGAGUGUCCUGACCAGCUGUGCCGCUACACCUUUAACUCCCAGCGCUUUGCUGACCUCAUCUCCUCUACCUUCAAAUACAGGUACAAUGGCAAGAUAACCAAUUACCUGCAUAAGACUCUGGCCCAUGUUCCCGAGAUAAUAGAGCGAGAUGGGUCUAUUGGAGCCUGGGCAAGUGAGGGGAACGAGUCAGCAAACAAACUGUUCAGGCGUUUCCGUAAGAUGAAUGCACGUCAGUCAAAGGCCUUUGAACUCGAGGACGUCCUGAAACAUCACUGGCUCUACACCUCAAAGUACUUGCAGAGGUUUAUGGAGGCUCAUAAGGAUUCCGCAAAAGCCCUGCUUGCAACCACUGACCCAGCAGACAUUCAGAACAGUGAAAGUAUGUCCCAGGAGCUGAUUGAUUGUUCUUAA